AAGACUAGUAAUAUUUUACAUUGUCCUCUUCACAUGGCCUGAUGGUCCUCUUCUGAGCACCAUAAAUUUCAGUUAUUGCUUCUCUCCCAUCUGUAGUUUUAGCAAUCAGAAAUGCAAGAGUUCCUGUAAACAACAUCAUGAACUCCCAAAGCUUUGGUCUCCACUUAUGGUGGAAAUUUCUUGCACUCAGUUCUCUUGUUGUAAGUACAUCAGCACUCAACACAGAUGGUGUGCUUUUGCUUUCUCUCAAGUACUCUAUCUUGAGUGAUCCACUAGGUGUUUUAGCCAAAUGGAACUUCAAUGAUGAAAAUCCAUGUUCUUGGGGAGGUGUUAGAUGUGGUGCAAAUUCUAGUGUCAUUGAUCUCUCUCUCCCAAAUUCUCAGCUUCUUGGCUCCAUUCCAUCCAAUCUUGGAAUGUUUAAAAACCUGCAAUCACUUGAUCUUUCUAACAAUUCAAUCAAUGGCUCCAUACCAUCUUCAAUGUACAACCUUACGAGUCUCGAAAAACUUGACCUUUCCAACAAUUUGAUCUCUGGGGAGCUCUCUGAGCUUGUUGGAGGACUUGAAAAUCUUCAAGUGUUCAACUUGUCUGAUAAUGCAUUAGCUGGAUACAUCCCGAAAAAUCUCACCACCCUUCAUAAUUUAACUGUUGUUUCCUUGAAGAGUAACUACUUUUCUGGUAGUCUUCCUAGUGGUUUUAAUUCAGUUCAGAUUUUAGAUCUAUCUUCCAAUCUCAUUAAUGGAUCACUUCCUUCAGCUUUCGGAAGCUCUAGUCUUCAGUACUUUAACUUGUCGUAUAACAGAAUCUCCGGCCAAAUUCCAGUUGAAUUUGGCCGAAGAUUCCCUGAAAACGUCACGAUAGAUUUAUCUGUCAACAAUCUUACUGGUCCUAUUCCAGAGUCUAAAGUUUUUAAUAGUCAAGAAAGCAAGUCAUUUUCGGGGAAUUAUCAACUUUGUGGUAAACCACUAAAGAAUAAUCUUUGUCCCAUUCCAUCUACUAUGUCAGCCGUGCCUAAUGUAACUGAAGCCACGUCUCCUCCCGCGAUUGCAGCGAUCCCCAAGACGAUACCUUCCUCGAACAAUGUACCAUCAAAAAACGGUUUCAGAGUAGGUACAAUCUUGGGAAUUGUGGUCGGUGAUGUAUUGGGAGUUACGAUACUUGCAUUGAUUUCUGUUUACGUUUAUAAAGUGAAGAAGAAAAGGACAGAAAAAAGAGUGAGAGAUGAGGCCAAGGAUUUCGAGUGGGCUUCUUCUUCUGAGGCGAAAAAAGAAGCAAGUUCAUGGGGGUGUUUUAGUAAACGAAGAUACGACGACUCAGAAGAGUCGUCGGUCUCAUCUGAGUCUUCAUCCUUGGAUGAGAAAAAAGAUUCUGUAAAAUGUGAUCAGGCGGAAGUUGAUAGGAAGAGAUCGUCGAAGAAUCUUGUGACAGUUGAUGGAGGGGAGAAGGAACUUGAGCUCGAGGCUUUGCUCAAGGCGUCGGCUUAUAUAUUAGGUGCAACUGGUUCGAGUAUAAUGUAUAAGGCUGUGCUGGAAGAUGGGACAAUGCUGGCAGUUCGGAGAAUUGGAGAAAGUGGCCUUGAGCGGUUCAGGGAUUUUGAGAAUCAGGUUCGAGUCAUUGCCAAAUUGGUGCAUCCUAAUCUGGUUCAGAUUCGGGGAUUUUACUGGGGUGCUGAUGAGAAGCUUAUCAUAUAUGAUUUUGUUCCAAAUGGUAGUCUUGCCAAUGCCCGUUACAGAAAAGCUGGAUCUUCACCGUGUUCUUUACCUUGGGAAGUACGGCUCAAGAUAGCAAAAGGAAUGGCCCGAGGGCUAGCAUACAUCCAUGAGAAGAAACACGUCCAUGGUAAUUUGAAGCCUAGUAACAUCUUGUUGGGUGCAGAUAUGGAGCCCAAGAUCGGAGAUUUUGGUCUUGAGAGGCUUGUAGUGGGGGAUAAUAGUUAUAAAUCUAGUGCUUCAGCUCGCAACUUUGGUAGCAAGAGGUCCACAGCAUCUCGUGAUAGUUUCCAGGAUACUGCAGGUGGGGCUACCCCGAGUCCAAGCCCAAGCGCGCUGGGAUGUUCCCCUUAUUAUGCGCCAGAAUCCCUUAGAAGUCUGAAGCCCAACCAAAAAUGGGAUGUAUUCUCAUUUGGCGUGGUGUUGCUUGAAUUGUUGACAGGAAAAGUCAUUGUUUCGGAUGAACUAGGCCCCACUGUGGUGAUCGGGAAUGCCACAUUGGCAGACGAAGAGAGGAAUAAGGUUCUGAGGAUGGCUGAUGUGGCAAUACGUGGUGACAUGGAAGGCAAGGAAGAGUCUUUGUUGGCAUUAUUGAGAUUAGGAUACAGCUGUAUAUCUCCAGUGCCACAAAAGAGACCAGCAAUGAAAGAGGCUCUGCAUGGCCUAGAGAAGUUUCCAUUGUCUACUACUUCUUCAGCAUAUCUGUAUGGUCACUAGAAGAAUGAUAUGAUACAUACAUCCAAUAUAGUAGAUUGACUGGAUUUGUUUUAGCUGAUAUUUCAGAUAGUUCUAAUAAUUGUUAGAAUGGAUCAUAGUAUAGAGUCAUGUUCAGAUGAUAUUGUUGUUCUCCUGCUUUAAGCUAUAUGCAGCUUCUAUGUAUUUGCUCGAUGUAACAUCAAGUACUCAAGUUUGAGUGUUGAUUAAGCAGUUCUCAAAAUAUGGAAUAGAUGCACAUCAAGGGAAGCUAAAUCUGGUUGCCGGAACCAACUCCUUGAUCUUAUCAUCAAAAA